GAAGUGUUCCUGUUGUUGCUCUGUCUGCGAGUUGCUGUCAAAACGAGACGAUAGUGAGCAGAAGUCCCACUAGUCAGUGUCCUGUGGUUACUCGAGAAGUAUUUUUAUUAGUUAAGAGACAUGAAGAAGAGGUUUAACAUCAACCUGGAUGAUUCUGCUUUCACCAAAGAAAGGACACCGCCAAAGCCGCAGUUUCUAUCUUCAUCCAGAGGAGGACAAAUCACCUCAAUCUCGUCUGCAUCUUCAGCAAAGCCUGCUCCUGAGCCGGUGGACCAGCCCUUGUCCUAUGCAGAAUAUGUCGUAAAGAGUAAAAGCAAUGUGGCUGCUGCUCCUCAGAGAGUGGCUCCCCUCAAACUGCCCAGGACCGAGGAGGCUGGGGUUACCAGUCUGAAACAAACCGAGCCCGGUUCAUUAUCAUCUGCCAUAGGAGGGGGCGAAACAGUUCAGGACUGUGCUAAAGGGACUGAGGGUGGAUCUGAAGGGAUCCAGGAGAGUGAGGAGAGACAGGUGGCUGACACAGACCAAAAACUUGGUAAUGGUAAUUGUCAAAGGUCAGAUGCAAGCCUCACCCUGGGUCCUAAACCGGUGGGGUCUGGGAGCAGCAUUAUUGUCAGUCCUCGACAGAGGGGAAAUCCCAUUCUGAAGUUUGUGAGGAGUGUUCCAUGGGAGUUUGGGGAUGUUGUACCAGACUAUGUCUUGGGACAGACGACAUGUGCUCUGUUCCUCAGUCUGAGGUAUCACAACCUCAACCCAGACUAUAUCCACGACCGUUUGAAACAGCUUGGAAAGACAUUCACGCUGCGAGUGUUACUGGUUCAAGUAGAUGUGAAGGAUCCUCAUCAUGCAUUGAAGGAGCUGGCUCGCAUCUGCAUCAUGGCUGACUGCACUCUCAUCUUGGCUUGGAGUCCAGAGGAGGCAGGGCGUUACCUGGAAACAUAUAAGUCAUAUGAAAAGAAACCAGCAGACCUACUGAAGGAGCAAGUUGAAAAAGACUAUCUGUCAAAGGUUACAGACUGCCUGACCACUGUUAAGUCUAUAAACAAGACUGACGCCAUUACCUUGCUGUCCACUUUCUCGUCUAUAGAAGGAGUCAUCAGUGCCUCUAAGGAAGACCUGGUUCUCUGUCCAGGCCUUGGACCACAAAAAGCGAGACGACUCUACGAGGUGCUGCACAAGCCCUUCCUCAAGUCAAAAACAAAAGACAGCUGAAACUUCUGACCAGCGAUGUGUGACAUGAUUCUGAAAAGAACUUUAUAAAGUUGGUCAUCACGUUGAACAGGCACAUGAGGACUGUACUGAAUACUACAAACACUCUUUCUAUGCCGAGUCAAAGACAGAAAUGUGUAAUGUGACUGCUUUCAGACUGAGAAUAUAAUUUGUUUAUUGUUGAAUUAAUUUUUUAUGAAAAUAAAUAUUUUAUAAUA